AUGCCUCUUUACAGCAUAUCUUCGUACGGUGCUCUAAGUACCUCAGGCAUAUCAAGCCCUUCAUUCCACUAUUCCGCCGGUGGCAAAGCAGUGUGCGUAUCAGGAAUAGUUGAUGUUCCAGUGGUUGCAUCAGCUGUCAACGUUCUAUACAAAGGACCGGACAACAACUAUGAGCUCACUGAGUUCAUCACGGACUUUCUUCGCGUUGGAAGCAAUACUCUUGUUCGCUAUACUGGGAGCCAAACAUCUAUCUCUGAUACAUUCAGCGUAUACUCAAAGCUUUGCGUUCCAGCAGACAAAGACAAGGUCAGAAGCCUCACCAGCAUCCAGUUUCUAACACACGGAGGAACCACCGACAAUUCCUACUGGGACUUUGCGGAUGGUUACAGCUAUGUGGAUACGGCAGCACUUCAAGGCUACGCGACUUUCUCCUACGAUCGACUUGGGACCGGAAAGUCUGAGCAUCCUGACCCUUAUCAGGUUGUCCAAGCACCCUUGCAGGUUGAGCUUGCACAUGCCCUCAUCCGGAAGCUGAAAGGGGGACAUCUAGGCAACCUAGUGUUCAACAAGAUCAUUGGUGUGGGGCACUCUCUCGGCUCGGCUCUCACUCAGGGCAUAUCAAGCAGCCACCCUGAAGACUUCAAUGCCGUGGUUCUCACUGGACAUUCGGGCUUCACGGGAGGGGCAGGUACUGGUUUCGCUGCAGCAGCUCAGCAGAUUGCCAACACUUUCGUAGAUCGACCGGAGUUCAAGCAUCUCCCAAACGGCUACUUCACAUUGGGUCCCGGUCAUCAGACACUUCAGUUUGCCUUCUUCUACUAUCCUCAUUUUGACCCGAAAAUAUUCCUUCAAGGAUACAACACUCGCCAAACUAAUGCCAUCGGAGAAACACUUACACUGGGGAACAUCUACAUGCCGGCAACAGCGUUCAAGAAGCCUGUACUCAUCUUAAAUGGCCAGCAAGACUACUUCUACUGCCAAGGAAACUGCCUUGCGACCGGAGAUGUGACAGCACAGGCUAUGGCCAUUUUUUUCCCCAACGCACCCUCGAACCAGUCACAAGCAAUCACGCUUCCUAAUUUUGGGCACAACUUGAACUUGCAUCUGGGGCGUCAGAAGGUCUUCGAGAAAAUGUUAGAUUUCAUUUCAGGGCUAGGAAUUAAACCGUGA